AUGCUUCGGAUGAAGGAUGCCCCUCGGCUUUUCAGCGCGCUCGCGAAGUUGGCCCCGUCUUCGGACGCCGAUGGCGGGGGGGAUCUCGAGACGUUUUGCUCUGGGACUGUGUCGCCCGCGGAGCUAGACGGCAUGGCGACGAGGGUGACAGUCCGCGAUGAGCAUCUGGCGGCGAUAGGACUUGCGGCCUCAACACGAAGAUGUGCGAACCUGACGGGCAAAGGCAAGAUGCGACUUCUGGAUGUCUUGGUCUUCAUGGAGCAGCCGCAGUCAACCGGGCAUGUGAGUGGAUUUUUCAACAUGGUGACUGAGAACCGCUGUGAAAUGGACUUUUUCUCCCACUUCCACAAUGUCUUCUGCAUAUUCCAUGGGGGUUCCAGCCAGCAAGAAACGAAGAUUAGCCCGGCCUUCAUGACCUCGGGACUCCUCGUGCACCCUCCCUACGGUCCGGCUGCUUGGUCUUGCAUCCUCCCCUCAAAGCAAAAGAAGCUCGAGGUGAGACUCGUUGAUCCCGUACGCUGGCACAGGCCCUUGCGAAUGAGCCUCCACCUGAAGCCUGUGGCGCAAAAAUACAACUUCGCGGUUUGUCCCCAGCCGCUCUACCGGCUUGAAUCACAUCGAGAUCUGCUGGAGGACUGGCUGGACUAUCACAAGAAAAUGGGUAUCGAGCAUUGGACGAUUUACGAUCUCGAUGGCUCGGGUGCUGCAGCCUUGUCUCGCCGGGAAGACGUUGACUUUCAGCCAAAUCUUCCAAGCAUGUUGAAUUCCCCGCGGUUGGCUGAAGGCAACUGGUGGAAUCCAAUCUGCCUGGAGGCCAUUGCGUUAACGCAGUGCUUCUGGCGAUAUCGUGGGAGGGCAGCCAUGGUCUUCUCCCUGCACUCGUUUGACGAGUUUCUCGUGUCCGCAAAGCACAGGCGUGGCGGGUUCAGACGGUGGAUGUCGGCGGCAGGACCAGACAACCUCACUACUGUAGUGCGGCUGCCAGCGGUAAACUAUGGAGGAGCAGGUUCGUCUGAGGACUCCCCCCCGCUGAUCCGACAGUUCCGACGGCACACUGGAAGACUGUAUUGGCACAUCGUCGGGGCCAAUCCAGACCACGUGCUGUCCGUCAAUACCACCAACGCCUGGGCAGAGCCGCCACGGAAGCAGAGCAACUUCUUCCAGCCGGACGUCUUGCGGGUAAACCAUUACAUCGAUGCCUUGGGUCCACGCGAUCGACGCAAGGAUCUCUUCGUCCACGAAGACCCAGAGCAAGUUCUCGGCUGGGCUGCCGAGGAGCUGCAAGUGGCCAGAGAUCGCCGAGCCCGUCUCAGAGACCACCAACUCUUCUCUGUGGCUGGGCCUCUACUUGCGGCACUCCGAAGGGCCGGAGGGAUGGAGAUCCCCGAGGAAGAGCAGGCUCCAAACAUCUCCGCACUGCUGGAUGCCUCUUUCCGGAGCCUUUCGCCUGCACUGCGGGUAGCCUUCCACCUGGCCGGAGCUGCAGAGGAGGGCCACGUGCGGAAGGUCUUGCGCGAUGGCUUCGUCAGCUGCGACCUCGACCAGGACAGAGUGUUGUCUUCGGCAGAGUUCUUGGGUUGUUCCGAGCCGUCGGGCUGGGAUGCACAUCUCCAGCGCCGGGAUUUUCACUAUAUCGGCCUCUUCCUUCAUUCGUGGGCCAGCAAGGCGACGGCCCAGACACUCUUCGAUGGCAUGGACGUCGCCCCGAGCGAUAGUGGGCUGUCGAGCCAAGAGUGGGAGGAAGGUUGCCUCAGGCUCUGCGCGCAACAAGAGAUUUCUGACGGUAUGAAGCUCCUCAUCGACUGGAGUCAGCGGCACCAGAGCAGCCCUUGA